UCUCUUUAACGAUAGCUUCGUCCCAGUGCACUUGCGGUUGUCACCAAUUGCGGGGAGUCUGUGAAAUUCCUGCUAGAAUGCUUUCUGGAUCUUACCAUUUUGCAAACUCUGUUUAAAGGAAAUACUCGAAAACAAGCAAUUAUAAUUUUUUCUCACUGAAUUCUUAAAUUAGUGGUUAAAAUAUAUAGAUGAAUGAUUUCGGUGCAAUAGUGUAAAAUUUCAGCUACGCCCUAUUCUGGGGUUAGCUUGCAUUUCAGAAAACCGGUACUUGUCUGUUCGUUUAGUAAGGAAUAUUUCUGAGUUUGUGUUGGAAAUUCUAACCAGUCUGGAAUUUCAUUGUUAGAGGAUUUACAUCCCAAAGGAAAGGUCUACUUUCCCUGAUAUUCAUAACAAUGAACGUCAGCGGGGGGUCUCAGACCACCGGCGUGGUGCUGAUUGUUCUACUUAUGUGUGGUGUGUGUCACGCUGCAACCACUGUAGAACCCGACACAACAACAACAGCUACAACCACUGUAGAACCAGACACAGCUACAACAACAGCUGCAACCACUGUAGAACCAGACACAUCAACAACAGCUACAACCACUGUAGAUCCAGACACAGCUACAACAACAGCUACAACCACUGUAGAUCCAGACACAGCUACAACAACAGCUACAACCACUGUAGAUCCAGACACAGUUACAAAAACAGCUUCAACCACUGUAGAACCAGACACAUCAACAACAGUUUCAACCACUGUAGAACCCGACACAACAACAACAACAAUGACAACAACAACAACAGAUUCAAUGGAGAAGGCAUUCUCGCUCUCUAUAGACAUAAGUGCCACUGGGGAUCAGUCUGUUGAGGACGAAAUCAAGACGAACAUGACUAGUGCGCUAACAACUAUCUACCAGACUGUGACUGGAUUUUUGAGGGUGGAAGUAGCCAACAUUCAAUUUGGAAGUAUUAAGGCCAUCCAUAGUUUAGUUGUCCACAGCAAUAACAUUGAGCAGGCUCAGAGUGACCUAGCAAACAUUAUCCAUCAAUUGAUAACACAACAAUUAAACAUAACGUACAAUGAACAAAUGUACACUGCAGAUCAGGUUGAAUUUACGGACACCAGUGGGAACAUACAUCCAUUUACCAAUACGAUGGUUGUGUGUGACAUAUUUGUUACCCUUGGUCCGUGUCCGGAUAAUACCAGCUGUGCCAUUGUCGAGGGGAAUCCCACGUGCAUAAACGUAACAACAACGACGGAAUCGACAACAACAGAACCAUUCACUACAACAACAGAACCAGCGACUACAACAACAGAGGCAACAACUACAACAACUGAUCAAGCAACUACAACUACUGAACCAGCAACAACAACAACAACUGAACCAGCAACAACAACAACUGAACCAACAACAACAACUACUGAUCCAGCAACCACAACAACUGAACCAGCAACUACAACUACUGAAACAGCAGCAACAACAACUGAACCAGCAACUACAACAACUGAACCAGCAACUACAACAACUGAACUAACAACAACAACAACAACUACUGAACCAGUAACUACAACCACUGAACCAUCCACUACAACAACAGAUCCACCCACUACAACACAACCAUCCACUACAACAACAGCAACAGAUACUACCACAACAUAUACAUUAAAAACAACGGAAACAACGACAACAAUAGAUCCAAAUGAAAAAAGAUUUUCCUUCCGUGUGAAUAUAAGUGCUUCUGGAGAUCCAGCAAAUGAAGAUGAGAUCAAGACAAACAUGAGCACAGCGCUAACAACUAUCUACCAGACUGUGACUGGAUUUUUUAGGGUGGAAGUAGCCAACAUUCAAUUUGGAAGUAUUAAGGCCAUCCAUAGUUUAGUUGUCCACAGCAAUAACAUUGAGCAGGCUCAGAGUGAACUAGCAAACAUUAUCCAUCAAUUGAUAACACAACAAUUAAACAUAACGUACAAUGAACAAAUGUACACUGCAGAUCAGGUUGAAUUUACGGACACCAGUGGGAACAUACAUCCAUUUACCAAUACGAUGGUUGUGUGUGACAUAUUUGUUACCCUUGGUCCGUGUCCGGAUAAUACCAGCUGUGCCAUUGUCGAGGGGAAUCCCACGUGCAUAAACGUAACAACAACGACGGAAUCGAUAACAACAGAACCAUUCACUACAACAACGGAACCAACGACUACAACAACAGAGACAGCUACUACAACAACUGAUCAAGCAACUACAACUACUGAACCAGCAACAACAACAACAACUGAACCAGCAACCACAACAACUGAACCAGCAACUACAACAACUGAACCAGCAACAACAACUACUGAUCCAGCAACUACAACAACUGAACUAACAACAACAACAACAACUACUGAACCAGUAACUACAACCACUGAACCAGUAACUACAACCACUGAACCAUCCACUACAACAACAGAUCCACCCACUACAACACAACCAUCCACUACAACAACAGCAACAGAUACUACCACACCAUAUACAUUAAAAACAACGGAAACAACGACAACAAUAGAUCCAAAUGAAAAAAGAUUUUCCUUCCGUGUGAAUAUAAGUGCUUCUGGAGAUCCAGCAAAUGAAGAUGAGAUCAAGACAAACAUGAGCACAGCGCUAACAACUAUCUACCAGACUGUGACUGGAUUUUUGAGGGUGGAAGUAGCCAACAUUCAAUUUGGAAGUAUUAAGGCCAUCCAUAGUUUAGUUGUCCACAGCAAUAACAUUGAGCAGGCUCAGAGUGAACUAGCAAACAUUAUCCAUCAAUUGAUAACACAACAAUUAAACAUAACGUACAAUGAACAAAUGUACACUGCAGAUCAGGUUGAAUUUACGGACACCAGUGGGAACAUACAUCCAUUUACCAAUACGAUGGUUGUGUGUGACAUAUUUGUUACCCUUGGUCCGUGUCCGGAUAAUACCAGCUGUGCCAUUGUCGAGGGGAAUCCCACGUGCAUAAACGUAACAACAACGACGGAAUCGAUAACAACAGAACCAUUCACUACAACAACGGAACCAACGACUACAACAACAGAGACAGCUACUACAACAACUGAUCAAGCAACUACAACUACUGAACCAGCAACAACAACAACAACUGAACCAGCAACCACAACAACUGAACCAGCAACUACAACAACUGAACCAGCAACCACAACCACUGAACCAUCCACUACAACAACAGAUCCACCCACUACAACACAACCAUCCACUACAACAACAGCAACAGAUACUACCACACCAUAUACAUUAAAAACAACGGAAACAACGACAACAAUAGAUCCAAAUGAAAAAAGAUUUUCCUUCCGUGUGAAUAUAAGUGCUUCUGGAGAUCCAGCAAAUGAAGAUGAGAUCAAGACAAACAUGAGCACAGCGCUAACAACUAUCUACCAGACUGUGACUGGAUUUUUGAGGGUGGAAGUAGCCAACAUUCAAUUUGGAAGUAUUAAGGCCAUCCAUAGUUUAGUUGUCCACAGCAAUAACAUUGAGCAGGCUCAGAGUGAACUAGCAAACAUUAUCCAUCAAUUGAUAACACAACAAUUAAACAUAACGUACAAUGAACAAAUGUACACUGCAGAUCAGGUUGAAUUUACGGACACCAGUGGGAACAUACAUCCAUUUACCAAUACGAUGGUUGUGUGUGACAUAUUUGUUACCCUUGGUCCGUGUCCGGAUAAUACCAGCUGUGCCAUUGUCGAGGGGAAUCCCACGUGCAUAAACGUAACAACAACGACGGAAUCGAUAACAACAGAACCAUUCACUACAACAACGGAACCAACGACUACAACAACAGAGACAGCUACUACAACAACUGAUCAAGCAACUACAACUACUGAACCAGCAACAACAACAACAACUGAACCAGCAACCACAACAACUGAACCAGCAACUACAACAACUGAACCAGCAACCACAACCACUGAACCAUCCACUACAACAACAGAUCCACCCACUACAACACAACCAUCCACUACAACAACAGCAACAGAUACUACCACACCAUAUACAUUAAAAACAACGGAAACAACGACAACAAUAGAUCCAAAUGAAAAAAGAUUUUCCUUCCGUGUGAAUAUAAGUGCUUCUGGAGAUCCAGCAAAUGAAGAUGAGAUCAAGACAAACAUGAGCACAGCGCUAACAACUAUCUACCAGACUGUGACUGGAUUUUUGAGGGUGGAAGUAGCCAACAUUCAAUUUGGAAGUAUUAAGGCCAUCCAUAGUUUAGUUGUCCACAGCAAUAACAUUGAGCAGGCUCAGAGUGAACUAGCAAACAUUAUCCAUCAAUUGAUAACACAACAAUUAAACAUAACGUACAAUGAACAAAUGUACACUGCAGAUCAGGUUGAAUUUACGGACACCAGUGGGAACAUACAUCCAUUUACCAAUACGAUGGUUGUGUGUGACAUAUUUGUUACCCUUGGUCCGUGUCCGGAUAAUACCAGCUGUGCCAUUGUCGAGGGGAAUCCCACGUGCAUAAACGUAACAACAACGACGGAAUCGAUAACAACAGAACCAUUCACUACAACAACGGAACCAACGACUACAACAACAGAGACAGCUACUACAACAACUGAUCAAGCAACUACAACUACUGAACCAGCAACAACAACAACAACUGAACCAGCAACCACAACAACUGAACCAGCAACUACAACAACUGAACCAGCAACCACAACCACUGAACCAUCCACUACAACAACAGAUCCACCCACUACAACACAACCAUCCACUACAACAACAGCAACAGAUACUACCACACCAUAUACAUUAAAAACAACAGAAACAACGACAACAAUAGAUCCAAAUGAAAAAAGAUUUUCCUUCCGUGUGAAUAUAAGUGCUUCUGGAGAUCCAGCAAAUGAAGAUGAGAUCAAGACAAACAUGAGCACAGCGCUAACAACUAUCUACCAGACUGUGACUGGAUUUUUGAGGGUGGAAGUAGCCAACAUUCAAUUUGGAAGUAUUAAGGCCAUCCAUAGUUUAGUUGUCCACAGCAAUAACAUUGAGCAGGCUCAGAGUGAACUAGCAAACAUUAUCCAUCAAUUGAUAACACAACAAUUAAACAUAACGUACAAUGAACAAAUGUACACUGCAGAUCAGGUUGAAUUUACGGACACCAGUGGGAACAUACAUCCAUUUACCAAUACGAUGGUUGUGUGUGACAUAUUUGUUACCCUUGGUCCGUGUCCGGAUAAUACCAGCUGUGCCAUUGUCGAGGGGAAUCCCACGUGCAUAAACGUAACAACAACGACGGAAUCGAUAACAACAGAACCAUUCACUACAACAACGGAACCAACGACUACAACAACAGAGACAGCUACUACAACAACUGAUCAAGCAACUACAACUACUGAACCAGCAACCACAACAACUGAACCAGCAACUACAACAACUGAACCAGCAACCACAACCACUGAACCAUCCACUACAACAACAGAUCCACCCACUACAACACAACCAUCCACUACAACAACAGCAACAGAUACUACCACACCAUAUACAUUAAAAACAACAGAAACAACGACAACAAUAGAUCCAAAUGAAAAAAGAUUUUCCUUCCGUGUGAAUAUAAGUGCUUCUGGAGAUCCAGCAAAUGAAGAUGAGAUCAAGACAAACAUGAGCACAGCGCUAACAACUAUCUACCAGACUGUGACUGGAUUUUUGAGGGUGGAAGUAGCCAACAUUCAAUUUGGAAGUAUUAAGGCCAUCCAUAGUUUAGUUGUCCACAGCAAUAACACUGAGCAGGCUCAGAGUGACCUAGCAAAUAUUAUCCAUCAAUUGAUAACACAACAAUUAAACAUAACGUACAAUGAACAAAUGUACACUGCAGAUCAGGUUGAAUUUACGGACACCAGUGGGAACAUACAUCCAUUUACCAAUACGAUGGUUGUGUGUGACAUAUUUGUUACCCUUGGUCCGUGUCCGGAUAAUACCAGCUGUGCCAUUGUCGAGGGGAAUCCCACGUGCAUAAACGUAGCAACAACGAUGGAAUCGACAACAACAGAACCAUUCACUACAACAACGGAACCAGCGACUACAACAGCAGAGGCAGCAACUACAACAACUGAUCAAGCAACUACAAGCAAUGAACCAGCAACAACAACAACUGAUCCAGCAACUACAACUACUGAACCAGCAACAACAACAACAACUGAACCAGCAACAACAACAACUGAACCAGCAACUACAACAUCUGAAACAGCAACUACAACAACUGAACCAGCAACUACAACUACUGAUCCAGCAACCACAACAACUGAACCAGCAACUACAACUACUGAAACAGCAAUAACAACAACUGAACCAGCAACUACAACAACUGAACCAGCAACUACAACAACUGAACUAACAACAACAACAACAACUACUGAACCAGUAACUACAACCACUGAACCAGUAACUACAACCACUGAACCAUCCACUACAACAACAGAUCCACCCACUACAACACAACCAUCCACUACAACAACAGCAACAGAUACUACCACAACAUAUACAUUAAAAACAACGGAAACAACGACAACAAUAGAUCCAAAUGAAAAAAGAUUUUCCUUCCGUGUGAAUAUAAGUGCUUCUGGAGAUCCAGCAAAUGAGGAUGAGAUCAAGACAAACAUGAGCACAGCGCUUACCACUCUAUACAGUGGAAUAACUGGAUUUAAAAGGGUUGAAGUGACUAUCAUUCAGUUUGUUGUCAUCUACGCUUCCUAUGAUGUAGUUGUCGAUAACAGCAACAUUGAACAAUCUCAAAGUGACCUGACGAUAAUCAUUCAUCAGUUGGUUAUUAGUCAGAAAAACUUGACAUACAGUGAGGUCGAGUAUACAGUGGAUGAGGUGGAGUUCAUAGACACCAACAACAACGUACAAAAGUUCGGGAGUACCUCUGAUGUUUGCUACAUAUUCACGACUAUUUUAUCUUGUUCUGCUGGAGUAUGCACGGAAGUUGGAAAUGAUGUGAAAUGCAUGAAUGUUACCACAACAACAGAUCUGACAACUUCAACAGAAUUUUCAACAACAACAGAACUUCAAACAACAACUGAACCUUUAACAACGACCGAACCUUUAACAACGACUGAGCCUACAACAUCGACUGAACCGUUAACAACGACUGAACCUCUAACAACAACUGAGCCUACAACCACCAGCACAACUGAAUCACUGACAACAACCACAACUGAACCUCCAACAACGACUGAGCCUCUAACAACAACCACAACUGAGUCAACCACAACUGAACCACAAACAACAAGCACAACUGAACCUCCAACAACAACCACAACUGAACCACAAGCAACAACCACAACUGAACCUCCAACAACAACCACAACUGAACCACAAACAACAAGCACAACUGAACCUCCAACAACAACCACAACUGAAUCUCCAACCACCACAACAGAACUUCUAACAACAACCACAACUGAACCACUAACAACAAGCACAACUGAAACACAAACAACAACUACAGCUGAACCUCAAACAGCAACAACUACUGAACCUCCAACAACAACCACAACUGAAUCUGCAACCACCACAACUGAAUCUCCAACCACCUCAACUGAACUUCUAACAACAACCACAACUGAGCCAACCACAACUGAACCACAAACAACAAUCACAACUGAACCACAAACAACAACCACAACUGAACCACAAACAACAACCACAACUGAACCAACAACAACCACAACUGAACUAACAACAACCACAACCCAACCUCCAACAACAAUCACAACCCAGCCUACAACGUCUACGACUGUCAGCUCAGAGGCAGCAAUCAAUGAGCCUAUUCCGUUUGGGGCAAGUGCGCAAGACUCGAUAUUGGAGGGAGAUGACCAAACAACAACGGCUCUACGAUCUCCCACCACAUUACAAGUCGGUGAUGGUUCAGAUGGAGGGUUUUCUGAAGUAUUCGUUGGUACAAACGGUAUCAUUGGACUUGGAGAACGAUAUAACAGUUUUGUGCCCAGAGAUCUCUCUUCAAGAGAAACAUUAGGCCGCAGAAUUCUAUGUCCAUUUUGGUUUGAUUUAUUGACUGAAGGUGCGGACUCGGCUGUAUAUUACAACGUAUAUAAAAGGGAGGAUCAAAAUGAUGCAGCUAUUUUACAAAGAGUUGAUAAAAUAAUUCAGAACUCCUUUGAUGACUUCAAAACCUUCCAAUCAGCAAUUGUUUACAAGGCAACAUGGAACAACAUGACCUUUUUCAUGGAUCGGACACAGAGAGUGACUUUCCAAACUCUCCUGGUUUCUGAUGGUCAGGACACAUUUAGUGUGGUAAACUAUAUCAACGUAAAUGCUAGAUCAACAUCCGGGCGUCGUAUCUCUAUUGGAUACAGAUAUAGACAGUUUGCAGAGAGCAAUACCUAUUCCAAUCAAGCAGCCGCCUUUCGAAUGUCGGGGAUUUCUGGGAAUGACGGGUUUGAUGGAUUCUGGGUUACAAAGCUGACUGAAGCUACGAUUACGAAUCCCUUGGAGAAUGAAUGUUAUAACUGGUAUGCCGAGCAGUCCUUGAGAUCACGUCCUAAUGUCUGGUGGACGUCAUGUCCCUGUAAUGGUGCAUCUCUGAGAUUCUUUGGAUUUUCGUUUUCCUAUAACCGAUACGACGCAGCGAACAAUGUCUUCUGUUACGCAUCCCUCACCUUUGGGUCCUCUUUGGAGUGUUGUUAUCCUCUUCGUUGGCGAUGGUGGACUGGGUUUCGACUGGGUCCGCUGACCAGGCGUAUUCCCGCAUCAGGGUCGAUGCUCUCUGCAAAUCCAUUUUUUCAACCAAUAGAAUAUUAUCGUGAUAAUGCCAGGCCAAAGGAAGCUUGCUGUGCAUCCGGACAUUGCGAUUGGUAUUACAGCUUGCGCCCUAGACCAUCAUUCUGCCUAAGGCUGAUUCCUGUUCGGAUAGCCUGGUUCUGGGGUGAUCCACAUAUCAACACACUAGACGGAGGCCAGUACACAUUUAAUGGUUACGGCGAAUACACGAUGAUGAAAAUCGACUUUAACGGCACAUCCUUCGACUUGCAAGCUCGAACAGAAUUGGCGACCAGAGAGAAUGGCACCACAAUCAACGCAACCAUAUUUAGUGCUUUUGUUGCUAAGGAUCAUACCAACUCCAUUUUGCAGGUGGAACUGUCCAGGAACAAAGACAAGAUGUAUGUGCGUGGGGAUGGACGUGAUUUAACAACAGCAUUUGAGGAGAACCCGGAUUUUGUUCGGAGAACUGUGAACAUGGUGAUAUCAAAAGAAAAUGCAACCAUUGUUGCAUCAUUCGUUAAAAGCGAGAUAACAGUUAAGAUAAGUUUAGGCGUGCGGUUCCUGGCUUUGGAGACUAUGGUAGAUGAGAAGUAUAGGGGAGAGGUCACCGGAUUAAUGGGGAAUUUCGACGGAAACUCCACAAACGACUUUGUUCUUCCAAACGGAACUACAUUGAAUGGAAGUGAUGUUAAUACGGAACGCGGCAUAUAUAACAACUUUGGACAACUUUGGUCAAUCAACAGUACCACGUCCUUAUUCCACUAUGACAUUGGCUUAUCCCAUAACGAUUACUCGCACCCAGAUUUCGUGCCGCUCUAUAUAGAUGAAUUCCCAGAAGACAAAGUUAAUCAAUCACGGGAGGUAUGUGGAGGAGCUAGCGCUACACAAGCAUGCAUUUUUGAUUUCCUUGCCACUGAGGAUCGUUCCCUAGCCCAGUCAUCAGGAGCUGAGGCAGAUGAGUCGACAGCUGACACCGCUAGUCUAGAUAACUCCAUUCCAGAAAUUGAAGGGGACACGCGGAUUAAUGUAGAAGUGAACAAACCUGUUCAAAUUGCCUUUAAUGCUUCAGACGAUGGUACUUUUACUUAUGAAAUACUUCAAGAACCCCCAGGCUUCAGUUUCAACAAUACAACUGGCAUUGCAACAUGGACGCCACAAGACGAAAAUGUUGCCAACAUUAGUGUAACUGUGGUGGAUGACAAAGGAGAACAGGCUGCGCCGGUAGAUGUCGCUAUUGUCAUGUGCUCCGGAUGCAGUACUAAUGGAAUAUGUAACUAUAACAAUACACGAAGUUCCGGAAGUGAUAUGUUUAGUUACGCGGAAUGCGACUGUAACACAGGAUAUUCCGGAUUGAACUGUGAGAUUGACACUGAUGGUUGUGAACAGAACCCCUGUAUCGUUGGUACAAAUUGCACAGACUUGAGCCCUGCAGAGGAAGUACUGUUUGAUCGAGGAUAUAAUUGUUCCGACUGUCCAUUUGGUUUCUACAAAACUGAGAACAAAUGUGAAGAUAUUGAUGAAUGUAAUAGUACAACAGCUAACUGCGAUAUGAAGACAGAAGACUGUGAAAAUACAGAGGGAAGUUUUAGAUGUAACUGUAAACCUGGCUAUAGGAAAAUAGGAAGCAACUGUCAAGACAUUGAUGAGUGCACAGAGAGCACUUCUGGAUGUGAACAGAAAUGCGAGAACACCCCUGGAUCUUUCAACUGCUCUUGUGUGGCUGGUUUCACGUUAUUCAGCGACAAUAAAACAUGUAAUUCAACAGGAAGUGAUAAUUGUUCAGGACUAAAUUGUGAAUAUACCUGCGAACACGAUGGAUCGACAAAGGUUUGCAUCUGCAGGACUGGGUACACCUUGGAGAAUGCAAAAAACUGUACAGAUAUAGAUGAGUGUAAGAUAGGAGGGGUGUGCUCACAGAACUGUCAGAAUUCCGUCGGCUCCUACACUUGUUCCUGCUAUGCCGGUUAUUCAUUGAAUGCAGAUAAAACAACAUGUUCAGAGUGCGAAACCCCAAAUUAUGGUGUAGAUUGCAAACAAACGUGUAGAUGUGGCAAAGGAAUGGAUAGGUGCAACAGAGUAAUAGGUUGUAUUUGUAAAACCGGCUGGACCGGAAGUAACUGUGGACAGGAUGUGAACGAAUGCACCGAUGAUCCAAACAUUUGUGGCGAUGACAGAAUCUGUAAAAAUUUGGAAGGAUCUUACACCUGCAACUGUAGAGCUGGAUAUACCAAAGUGAACAAUGACUGUGUUGACAUCGACGAAUGUGCUAAUGUUGGUUCUAACAACUGUUCGUCCGAGACUACGACAUGCACCAAUAACAAUGGCAGCUACAGCUGUACAUGUAAAUCCGGAUAUAAGCAGCUUGGUAAUAAUCCAUAUGAAUGCACAGAUAUCGACGAAUGCGAGGUCGGGAGUGACGGCUGCAAUCAGAACUGCCAAAACGUAGAUGGAGGGUUUAACUGUGAAUGUGAAUUUGGUUACACUUUGGGCAAUGACAGAAAGACUUGUAUAGAAGUUCGGGAUAUCUGUUCCCUCUACCCGGAUCUGAAUUGUGAAUAUGGCUGUAAGCAGGACAGCACCAAUAAAAGUAUUGGAUACUGUUUCUGUCGUGCUGGAUACCAACUUCAAGCGCACGAUAAGAGGACUUGUGUCGAUAUCAAUGAGUGCAACAACGACACUCUGAAUAAAUGUUCCUUUAAAGGCGAAUGUGUAAACAUCGAUGGGUCAUAUAACUGUUCAUGUCCAGAGGGGUAUUCCUUGCAAAACGACGGAAGAACGUGUGAAGAAUGCGGUGGUUUCACGUAUGGUGUGGACUGUAAAACGCCAUGUAACUGUGGUUCUGGUGCUGAAAGAUGUGAUAAAGUGAGAGGUUGUAUAUGUCUGGAUGGAUGGGUGGGGCAGAAAUGUGAUUCGGAUAUCAACGAAUGCGAAACCAGAAAUCCAUGCACAGGUGCUAACCAGUUGUGCAAAAACAAGCCGGGAUCAUACGAGUGUAGAUGUGCCCUGGGAUAUAACGCAACCUCCCCGGGGACGUGUGAAGAUAUCGAUGAAUGCAAAGGCACCAAUCCAUGUAGCCAAGUCUGUAAGAACUCUCCUGGUAGUUACUCCUGCAGCUGUAAUGCUGGAUUUAUCUUGAAUGGAACGUCACAGUGCGAUGAUUAUAACGAGUGCUCUGCCCCUGUCAGUCCCUGUGAUCAAGCCUGUGCCAACACAGUAGGCAGCUAUAAGUGUUCCUGUAACCCGGGAUUCCUCCUGAACACGACAACAAGGGUGACCUGUUAUGGCAAAUCCGAAUGCGAAAACGUUACUUUCAAUUGCUCAGAAAAUUGUGGAGUGAAUACAGAUGGGUCGGAAUAUUGUUUCUGCAAACCUGGAUUUAAACUGAAUGAAACAGAUGGAACGACAUGUGAUGAUAUAAAUGAAUGUUCAACGAAUCCAUGUGGUGAAACUUGUACCGAAAGGGAUUCUGGACCCGGUUACACUUGUUCAUGCGCUGAAGGGAAGAAACUGGGCGUGGACCAGAGAACUUGUGUUGUGUGUGAAUAUGGAACGUAUGGAUUAGGUUGUGCCGAAAACUGUACAUGUGACGUCCAGAACACUGCUUCUUGUGACCCAGUAUCUGGAAACUGUACGUGUAAGACAGGGUGGGAGGGAUCCACGUGUACUGAUGAUAUAAACGAGUGUCAGAAUACAUCGCUGUGUCCGAGCAACUCCAACUGUUCAAACACCAAUGGUUCCUACUCCUGUAUAUGCAAUCCGGGUUACUCCCUUGGUGGUGGACAGUGUAUCGAGUGUUCAAGUACCACGUAUGGUCAAGACUGUGCCGAAUCGUGUACAUGUGACAUAAGUAAUUCACAGUCAUGUGACAAACAGACCGGGUCAUGUGACUGUAAGCCGGGAUGGACAAACGAUAAUUGUACAGAGAACAUUGACGAGUGUUCUAUCAACUCUACCAUAUGUGGAGCAAAUGCAACCUGCACCAACACCCCUGGAUCGUAUGACUGCAAGUGUGACUCAGGGUUUCAGAAGAUUUCCAGCGGCUUAUGCGAAGACGUGAACGAGUGCAUAGUUGGACCAAUCAAUUGUGCUACAAACGCUGUAUGUAACAACACGGAAGGCAGUUUUACGUGCACUUGUUUGAUAGGCUUUAGCGGAGAUGGCGUUAAUUGUGCAGCUGAGACAACAACGUCAAUUCCUCAAAGCUCUGAUAGCACUACAACAGAAGCUACUGAAAGUUCACAAACUAUAACCCAAAGUACCGGAAGUACUUCCCAAACUGAAACUUCACAAUCUGUAGCCCAAAGUACCGGAAGUACUUCCCAAAGCUCCGGGAGCACUACGACAGAAGCUACUGAAAGUUCACAAACUAUAACCCAAAGUACCGGAGGUACUUCCCAAAGCUCUGAUAGCUCUACAACAGAAGCUACUGAAAGUACUACUGGAACUUCACAAACUCUAACCCAAAGUACCGGAAGUACUUCCCAAAGCUCCGGGAGCACUACAACAGAAGCUACUGAAAGUACUACUGGAACUUCACAAACUCUAACCCAAAGUACCGGAAGUACUUCCCAAAGCUCUGAUAGCUCUACAACAGAAGCUACUGAAAGUACUACUGGAACUUCACAAACUCUAACCCAAAGUACCGGAAGUACUUCCCAAAGCUCCGGGAGCACUACAACAGAAGCUACUGAAAGUACUACUGGAACUUCACAAACUCUAACCCAAAGUACCGGAAGUACUUCCCAAAGCUCCGGGAGCACUACAACAGAAGCUACUGAGAGUACUACUCAAACUUCACAAACUCUAACCCAAAGUACCGGAAGUACUUCCCGAAGCUCGGAUAGCACUACAACAGAAGCUACUGAAAGUACUACUGAAACUUCACAAAUUGUAACCCAAAGUACUGAAAGUACUUCUCAAAGCUCAACUUCACAUGUUAUAACCACAACACAAAGUACCGGAAGUACUACUGUUCAAUCAACAACAUCACAGAAUAGAGGCUGCAACACCACAUUUUAUGGGCCAAAUUGUGCUAGUCCAUGCACGUGCAUAGAGGCCAACACAAAUGACUGCCUUGACAUCAACGGAACUUGUCAAUGCAAGUCAGGAUGGGGCGGUUCGAAUUGUGAGCUUGACGACAAUGAAUGCACAGCCAAUCAACACAAUUGUACCUCAACCGUGGAGGAGUGUAGGAAUAUUGAUGGGGGAUUUAGCUGUGUUUGUAUCUAUGGAAACAGCAGCACGGGUUGUAUCGCUAAAGUUGAUCCAUACAUUCCACAAUCAAAUGAAGUUAAAAUUGGAGUGGUUUUAACAUUCAGCACCACAAUUGAUCUCAGUAGCUAUGAUACUGCUAAAGAAAAUAUGGAAAAAGCUCUUUACAGCUAUUACAAAAGGACUCUUACGGUAUAUUUCAGAGUUGUCAUCCUAGUAAUUAGAACUGGAAGUACAAUUGUGGACCACGAAAUCGUCACAAAUGAUACAACCACUAACAACAAAGAGAUUAUCGAGUUAGUGACUACACUUCCCUCAGCAGAAGCACCAAUUGAUUACGGCGGUACAAACCUGAGUCUGAAGUCUGUGGAAAUGGUGGACGGGAGUGGAAAUCGAUUAAAUGUAACAAGCUCCACAUCCAGAUGUGAGGUCUAUAUCAUUCUCAAUCCAUGUAGUUCAGGCGAGCAGUGUGUACAGAACGGAGACAGUUACUACUGUUCGUUGAUAACAGACGAUUCUGAUGACUUUCAGCUCAUAGUGGGAUUAGGUAUAGGCAUUCCACUGUUUUUCUUGGCUGUUCUCGUAAUGUCAAUUAUCUGUGUGUAUUGGAGACGGCGUAAAAGAAGAGGUGGUUCUCUGAGUUCAUCUGAAGAUAACUUUGAGAACUUCCACGGAGGUCCAGGGAUGUAUUUUUCCUCGGGAAUAUCAACGAAGAUUGACAGCUGGGGUAGACACGGAACUCCAUAUUCGCCACACCACUGGGAAGGAACCUCAUCUAUACAAACAGGCAGACGCGGGAAAGAUGGAUUUGAUGAUUUCAAUAAUGGAAGAGAACCUUAUACUUAUGACAAUGGUGUGCAAUCUAAUUUCUCGUGGGAUUUCAUGUAUCAGGCUUUACAACCUCAUGAAAAAUUCCAGAUAAAAAGACCUGAAGUAAGACCUCAACCUUUAAAUACAGAGUGAUUCCUUAAAAGAACUUAAUAUCUAUCCUGUGUUCAGCGACACGUCAAAGUGCCAUUACAUUAUCACGCCUGUGUAGUGAAACACUAGUACUCUAUUGUGUAACAGGACGAAAUCGACAUAGGUUCAUCAACCAUGAGAAUGCUGCUGUUUUAUAUUUGUAUAGUUAAAAUUCUAUAUGUCUUGAAAAUUAAAAUUAUGUGAUAUAUAUCCA